AUGGCCAGCGCCGGUGCUGCCAUGCUUCCGCCUUCCGUCUCGUCCUCAGGCGCUUUUGCACAACAUCCGCCUAGCAAGCUGGCGACAGGCGGUCAGUCUCACUCCCACAGACCCGUCUCGGCCAUGCCCACUCCCACCGAACACACCACCUCUGCCUCGCGGAGUGCGGCCACUGCUGCUGAUGGCGCUUCCAACGUCUUUGCGAGCAUGAAUGCCAACUACGCCGAGCGAAGAGCGAGCGCCCACCCCACCAUGUCCACCAGUCACAAUGGCUCUUCGGCCCCUCCAGCGGCUCCCAUCGAUCCCACCACCAGCCAAGCCAUCUCGUCGGGCAUUCCCAUCACUUCUCCCGCUGCCCUCUCUUACUUUGCCGCUCAUCCGCGUCGCCAGCAGGUUCACUUUGGCAACUAUCUCUUGCUCCAGACCCUUGGCGAGGGCGAGUUCGGCAAAGUCAAGCUCGGUGUUCACAAGGAGUGGGGUGAGGAGGUCGCCGUCAAGCUCAUCAAGCGCGACAAGGUCGCCGGCGACACGGCGGCUCCCCUCAACCUCGACGACGCUGCCAAUAAGGACCCAGCCAAGAUGACCAAGGUCGAGCGCGAGAUCCAAGUCCUCAAAGACGUGCGUCAUCCCAACAUAGUUCGUCUCUACGAAGUCAUCGAAUCGGAUCGGUACAUCGGUAUCGUCCUCGAGUAUGCCUCGGGAGGCGAGCUCUUUGACCACAUCCUUGCGCACAAGUACCUCAAAGAAGAACAUGCCUGCCGUCUCUUUGCUCAGCUCAUCUCGGGUGUCUCGUACCUCCACCAGAAGAACAUUGUCCAUCGCGAUCUCAAGCUCGAGAAUCUGCUCCUGGACCGCAAUCGCAACGUCAUCAUCACCGACUUUGGCUUUGCCAACAACUUUGCUGACAAGCGCGACGACCUCAUGGCUACCAGUUGUGGCUCUCCUUGCUACGCUGCUCCCGAGCUCGUCGUCCAGGACGGUCUCUAUGCAGGAUCGGCCGUCGACGUUUGGUCGUGCGGAGUGAUCCUCUACGCCAUGCUGGCCGGUUAUUUGCCCUUUGACGACGACCCGGCCAACCCGGAUGGGGACAACAUCAACUUGCUCUACAAGUACAUCCUCGCGACGCCUCUGUCGUUCCCCGAGUACAUUACCGCCCAGCCACGCGACCUGCUUUCCAAGAUGCUCGUCCCUGACCCGACGCACCGUGCUACGUUGGAGCAGGUGAUGCAGCACAGCUGGCUCCGAAACUACCGCGAGCUCUUCAAGUUCUCGGUCGACGAUCUCGAGCGCGCUGCCAUGGAGCAGCAGACCAAGAAGCGCCAGAUGUACCGCCAACAGAUGAUGUAUCAGCAGCAGCUCCAAGAGCAGCAGCGUCGCCAGCACCUCGAGCGCAGCCAGUCGGUUCGUCAGAACGUCUCGCAUCUUCCCGUGGGCUCCGCUUACACCACCAACACCGCCGUUCCUGCGGGCAAUGCCGCUCAUCGACAGACGCUGCCCAUCAGUGCCACCGUUCCCGAUCGCCUCUACGAGCCCGUCGGCAGCGCGAGCCGCGGCGUCGACGCAAGCGCGAAUGCUUCCAGGAUUCAAGCGCCCACCAUGCAUACACCCGCCCCGACCGCUGCUGCUAACAUGCCACGCGCCACUACGCACAGCGACGUUGCCAGCGUCGGCGGCGCCGCGUCGCUUGCGGACCCGGUGGCAGUGCUCGGCGAUGCUCGUGGCGAGCCUCGCACUCGGCUCGACGACGGCGCCAGCGCUGCCAUCCCUGCCUCUCACGAGGCCGCCGGGGAGCGCGUCCCGGCAGCUCAAAAGGUGCAGCGACACACGAUCCAGCUCGAAUACAGCGGCGACGAUCGCUCGCGUACCGAUGCUGCAUCGCCUCCAGGCUCUCGUCAGACCUCGCAAACGCAACGCAAGGUCAGCGCCACCGAGAGCGAACGGGCCAAGGCUGCCGCCGACAAGCUGGCUGCCGCUGCCGUGCCGCCUUCGGUCCUCCAGCCAGCGCCGAUCAACGUCCCGGCCACCCCCGCCGUCGUUCCCGAGAGCGAAAAGGUCAUCACCAGCAAAGCCGAGGUGCAAAGCCGGGGCCCUGCGGACAUGAUGCGUUCGGUGUCGGGCAGCUCGGCAUCGCGCGUGUCGGUCCCGCCAGCCAUCCUCGAGCAGGAGGCGACCGCAGCGCCUUUGAGCAAUGGCAUCCCGCCGCCGAGCUCGCGUGCAAGCAUGCGCAUUCCCAGUUCCGCCAGCUCCAACAGCCGACAGCACGCGGACGGCGUCAGCAGCAGCGUCGGACACGGCGCUCGUGUGCCAUCGAGCGCCAGCCAGCGCAUCGUUUCGAGCCCGAGCGCUUCGGUCGAUUCGGUAGGCUUCCCCUUGGCCGACAAGGGUCGUCCCGUCCCUUCCUCGGAGGCCAGUCGAAGCAGUCACCGCACUAGCGCUGCGGCCGUGGCUGACACUGGUGCAGCGAGCCAACCUCCCUCGGCCACUCGACCCGUCCACACCGACAAGGCUUCCGGUACAUCGGCACGACACCGCAAGGGCAUGUCGACGGACAAGUUUUUCCUCUCGAGACUUUUGAGCUCCAAUGGAUCCAAUUCUUCUGACGUCAGCAACGAGAAGGCCGCUGCCAACGGCACUGAGGCUUCUGCCAACAGGAGCAAGAGGAACAGCGUUUCGCGUCAGGCCCUGGAACGUGCGCCCAGCUCCAGCGCUGAUGCCAGGGCUAGCCGCCGCAAGGCCAUGAGCCUCGUCGUGGGUCGCCCCGAGUCGUCGGCCUCUGCAGACCGUACCAGCGCGCUUGCGUCCAAAAUGCCAGCCUCGGCUACGGAAGCCUCGUUCCCGUCGCAGCCCAGCUCUCGCAGGAAGGACGAGGCACAGCGCUCAAGCGAGCAGAAGCCGCAGCGCAGGGAGUCCGUACGCGGCAACCAGAGCUCCUCUUCGCGACGUCCUCAGCCUCUUCAACCGUCGACACAACAACAACAGCAGCAGAGCCACGAUGCUGCCACGAUUGCCAGCAACUCGACGGUGGGCCCCUCGAGCAAUGCGGCCAAGAAGGUCAUGGACUGGUUCCGCAAGAAGAGCCUCUCGCGCGGCACUUUCACCGAGCAGCCUCCUCUUGGUCCCUUCGAGAGGUCGCCUACCUCUUCGCAGAUCAGCGGUGCUGGUCCCCGAACGCCCUCAGUCAUUGUCACGGGCGCUCCUAACGGCACCAGUCGUCACGCCGAGGCGCAGACCGGCAGUGGCGAAGGCGUCAGUGGUGCCGCUUCUUCCGUCCCUUCGUCUCGAUCCACCUCGGGCACGCACAGCGAGACCAGCGAGGCUACCGAGGUGACGCAGUUGACCAACAUGAGCGAAGCAUCUCACGCAGAGAGCGAGGGUCUCAAGUCGAGCGCCUCGACGGUGCAGCAGCAGGCGACGCCCAAGGCCUCGCUUUCGGCUGUGUCGAACGGCAGCAACGCUUCCGGCAUGGAAGCUCCGACGGUCCCGACGUCUGCUAGCGCUGCCCCUCAGAGACAGCCGUCGCAGCGAUCGCGAGCUGUGACCGGCAAAACGGCCACAUUGGCCUCUACUGCCGUCGCCACCACGCCUGCUCCCUUCAACGAGGCCCGCCUGCGCUACCACCUCGGUGCCGUCGACCAAUCCGCCCUCACCUCGCGCUCACCCGACGACGUCCUCAAGGAAGUCUACCGGGUGCUGUACGAGAUGGGCAUCGACAUGCGCAAGGAGAAGGACGAGGAUUUCAAGCUCGAGUGCAUCCGUCGCAAGCGCGCCAAGACGCUCAUGAGCGCUACGCACAACAUUGGCAUGAGCAUUCGCAGCUCUGUCUUCCCGCCCACACAAGCCGAUGUCGAGCGAUCCUCGCGCAUGAGCCACCGCGAGUCCCUGACGCCGAGUGCGAGCGGAUCGCUGCGCAGCUUCCUCAAGCGCAGUUCGCUUCAGCCUGGCGUUACGAGUCCGAGGAUGACCGCUUCGGGUCUGCCUAGCUCGUCAACGGUGGCUAGCAACCUGAACGUGGUUGUGCAGGACGAGAACCAGCCGCCACCGCUGUACGGCGAUGCAUCGGUGGAUGGCGGCCAGGAGAUUCGUUUCUCGGUCGAGGUGACGCGCAUCAAGAACCUUCCCGGGUUGUACAGCCUCGACAUCCGCCGGAUGAAGGGCAAUCUGUGGGCAUACAAGUUCGUCUACCAGGCCUUGUUGGAUCGGUGUCAGCUGGGAAGCGCCGUUGCGGCCUAA